UGCGCAACACUCUCGACACUGUGUGGUCUAACAGCACUACCAUGUGUAUGUGUGUGCUGUUCAAACUCCCGUCUGUCCUGCGAGUUGGCGUUUCGUCACAUUCGUGGGCUAUAUUGUCCUUUUGGACUUGGAAUUGCCUCGUGGUCACGUCUGUAUGGGAGUCUCAAAGACAGACGGGUCCAACGAUGAGCUGGCGACAUGACUCGACAGCAGGGCAUCUGACAGUGUAUGCCCACCCACGUGGAGCCCUAUGAGACUCUGGAGGGCGCAUUGCCGCAUCGGUCGCAGGCUCAUGGCUCCGAGGCGGAUAGUGGGCAGGCCGUGUAUGGGCCCCAUGGCUUCCAUUUCCCGCCCGUUCGUCACAGCAAUGCAUCGCUGCGGACGCCGGUAGCAGUCUCCGAAGCUGCACGGAACGAGUUUGGGAGUCUGGGCAUUGAUGGAGCGUGGCAUGUGCAGGAUAACAUAGGCAGUGUGAUAUCAGCUCCUGGCCUAUGGCAUGUAUGAUUGUACACGCUGCAUGUCAUGUGUGGUGGAAUUGAGCAGCGGUCCUAUUGGGUAGAUAGCAUCAGUCGUGGAAUCAACCCCUCCUUUCGAGCU